AUGGCCGCCGCCGUCGCUGCUGCCGCGGAUGUUGAGAACCCUCUUUUGAAGGACUUCGAGUUCCCUCCGUUUGAUUCCGUCGAGGCCGACCAUGUCCGUCCUGGGUUCGCGCUCUGCUCAAGCAGCUCGCGGUCAAGGAUACCGCUGAGCUCCGGCUGCUAUCGAGGAAGUUCAGGUGAAGUGUGGAAAUGGAUGAUCAAUUCGAAACAUUUCGAGAGAAAAAAAAAAUCCUUCUGUUCUGUUUCUCAUUCUUCGCUGGAUACUGUUUUGAAUGUUCGUCCGCAGCCCGACAAAGUCAAGUUUCAGCUCAGGUUGGGACAGAGUAAACCCAUUUAUAAUGCUUUUAAGGCCAUUCAGGAAUCUCCCGAGUGGCAGCAUCUCAGUGAUGCUCGGAAGCGGAUAGUUGAGGGCCAAAUAAAGGAGGCGGUCCUCAGUGGUGUAGCUCUAGAGGACGAGAAAAGAGAAGAGUUCAAUAAGUUGAGCAGGUACAGUUCUAAUGAACUGGAGAGAUUGUCUCAAAAGUUCGACGAGAAUGUGCUGGAUGCCACAAAGAAGUUUGAAAACUUGUCACGGAUAAGAAAGAGAUUGAAGGAUUGCCUGCUACUGCACUUGGGUUGGCUGCGCAGACGGCUGUAUCCAAGGGUCACCCUGGGGCAACUUGUGAGGAUGGACCAUGGAUAA